AUAGCUAAGAUUUUUCAGCAUCUUCUAGUGCAAAAGCCUCCUCAGAGGCUUCUCGAAGAACAAUUCAUAUCACUCUUGCAAUCAUGUAGGACCCAAAAACACCUUUACCAAAUCCAAACCCAGGUAAUCACUCAUGGUCUUGAGUACAAUGAUUAUAUCACACCAAAUAUAGUCACAGCAUGUGCAAAGAUAAAGCGCAUGGCUCAUGCCCACAAGGUGUUUGAUCAAAUUCCUGACCCAAAUGUUGCGCUGUGGAAUGCCAUGUUCAGGGGCUACGCUAAAAAUGAGUGGCAUAGAGAAGUCAUACUCUUGUUUUGUAGAAUGAAGAGCUUGGACGUAAUGCCUAAUUGUUACACUUUUCCUGUUGUGAUUAAAUCUUGUGGGAAGAUUAAUGCGUUGGUAGAAGGUGAAGAGAUAAAUUGUGAGUUGAUAAAGGGAGGUUUUAGAGCAAACCCGUACGUGGGUACUACGUUGAUCGAAAUGUAUGCUGGUGGGGGUUUUAUUGGAGCUGCUCAUAAAGUGUUUCUUGAAAUGUCUGAAAGGAAUGUAUUUGCUUGGACUUCGAUGAUCAAUGCGUACAUCUUGUGUCGUGAUAUGGUUUCGGCACGGAGACUUUUUGACUUGGCUACUGAGCGUGAUGUCGUGUUGUGGAACACUGUCAUUUCAGGAUAUAUUGAGUUAGGGAAUAUGGUGAGUGCACAAGAACUCUUUGAUGAGAUGCCGAACCGGGAUGUGAUGUCUUGGAAUACCAUGUUGAAUGGUUAUGCAAGGAAUGGAAACAUUAAAGCGUGCGAGAGGUUGUUUGAGGAGAUGCGUGAGAGGAAUAUUUUCUCUUGGAAUGCAUUGAUUGGAGGGUAUGCACACAACGGGUGUUUCUUUGAACUUCUAGGGUCUUUCAAAAGGAUGCUAGUUGAGGGUGAUGUGCUUCCAAAUGACGCCACACUAGUGAAUGUCUUGUCUGCGUGUGCAAGAUUAGGCGCUCUUGAGUUGGGUGAGUGGGUUCAUGUGUAUGCAGAGAGUAUUGGGAAUAAGGGAAAUGUUUAUGUUGGAAAUGCGUUGAUUGACAUGUACGCAAAAUGUGGAAUUAUGGAAAAUUCGCUUAAUGUGUUUAGCAGCAUGGAUGUGAAAGACUUAAUCACUUGGAACUCAAUAAUAUAUGGCUUGGCAAUGCAUGGACGAGGGGUUGAGGCCUUAAAUUUGUUUAGUCAGAUGAAGAAUGCUGGAGAAAAACCAGAUGGUAUUACCUUCAUUGGCGUUUUGUGUGCUUGUACACAUCUUGGGUUAGUUGAAGACGGCUUGUCAUAUUUCCAAUCCAUGGUAGAUGAGUAUCAGAUUGUGCCUCAAAUUGAGCAUUAUGGUUGUGUGGUCGAUCUGUUGGCUCGAGCCGGUCUUUUAGAUCGGGCAGUAAACUUCGUGAAGGAAAUGCCCAUGGAAGCAGAUGCUGUUAUUUGGGCGGCCUUGCUUGGCGCUUGCAAGAUUUACAAAAACAUUGAAUUAGCUGAAGUGGCUCUUGAACAGCUCGUCGUACUUGAACCGAAGAACCCAGCAAACUAUGUCAUGCUCUCAAAUGUAUAUGGGGAUCUCGGAAGAUGGAAAGAUGUGGCAAGACUGAAAGUUGCGAUGAGGGACACCGGAUUUGAAAAGGUUCCUGGAUGCAGCUUGAUUGAACUAAAUGGUACAGUGGUUGAGUUCUAUUCCCUAGAUGAGAGGCAUCCUGAAACAGAGGAAAUAUAUGGAGCAUUAACAGGAUUAACGAAAUUGUUGAGAUCAUCUAGAUAUGUAACAGCCCUUAUGGAGCUUGGGAUAGGAGCCUAGAGAAGAACUCUUUAAGAUUCCUAUUAUUAUGCUAUUUUGCAACUUUAAGCCUUUAUUUAAUUUAAUAAGCAGAAACUUUAUGAACAGAAAGGAAAAGGUCUUACAAUAAGAACAUAAUAGAACAUUGAA